ACGUUUUAUUCGUAAGCUUAAUGUUGAGAUAGGAGGACCUCCAAGAAAUAAUCUAAAAAUUACCGUUUAAUUACAUAGUUUUGUUGUUUAACAAAAUAAUAUUUUUGUUAUAUUGUAAAGGACAUUGUAUAAACAGAAUAGAUUUGUAAAUUGUUAAAUAAUUGUAUCUACAAGAAAAGUGGUGACAAAAAGAAAAUGGAUAACACUGUUAAAAAUGUAACGUUGGCAGAAACAAUAUGGAGUUUCAAAGGGAAAGUGGAUUAUGUCGACGAUUGGUUUCUCAUGAAGAGUCCAUUCCUUUUAAUCUUCAUCACGUCAUGUUAUCUGACGUUUGUACUGAAAGUUGGACCGGCCUAUAUGAAGGACAGACGUCCGUUCAACGUUACCAAGAUUCUUAUAUUGUAUAAUACCUUCCAAGUUUUAUACUCUGUCUACUUGUGUAUUGAAGGUACAGAUUUAAUUUGGUUCAACGGACUGUUGUGCCCAUCUUGCCUCAUGGACACGAAAGAGAGUCGCUACUUGAUAACAUCAAGGACCUAUUUUUACUUUCUGGCCAAGGUCUCCGAGUUGUUAGACACCAUUUUCUUUGUCCUCCGUAAGAAGGACAACCAAGUCACCUUCCUCCACGUGUACCAUCACUCGCUGAUGAUGUGGUCUACCUGGCUGACUCUGAAAUACGAACCGACGUACAACACCAUAUUCCUGGGCACGCUUAACUCCUUCGUGCAUGUGAUUAUGUACACUUACUAUGGUUUGUCGGCGUUUCCCGAAUUGGAAAAAUACCUCUGGUGGAAGAGGUACAUUACGAAAAUGCAACUGACUCAAUUCGUCGUGAUCCUGCUGCACGCAAUGGCCAACCUGAGGUACUCCGGUUGUCCGCCAUCCAAUACUUUGCUGAUAACUAUUGUUGCGAAUGUGAUCAUAUUCAUAUACCUGUUCGGUAAAUUUUACAUCAACGCCUAUAUGAAAUCAAAGGGCAAAAAUGUGAAAUUGAUAAAUAAUAAUAAUGUGACUCAUGAUAUAAAAAGCAUGAAAAGCAAAUAAUUUUUCGUUUCUUUCAUUUCAAGUUCCUG